GGGACAAACAGCAUCAAGCCACAGCCACAAGCUCACUGAGAGACCUGGAUGUAUGGAAUGACUGUCACAGCGCCUGGCGUGUGUCUAUUGAUGACUUGAACAAGUGGGCCCUGUUUCUUGUCUCUCCCUUCGUACUUGAGGCAGAACAAAUAGCAUUUGUGACCGAGAGCAUUUGGGCACAAGGCGACAGUUUCCAGAAGGCAGCAUCUUCAGAAACAGUUGUAAAAUGGUCGGACUGCUGCUUGCCGUUAGCUUUCCGACCCGGGGAUCCCUACCAGUUCAUAGCUAAAGCAAGUGUGGACAACUUCAGCAAGCUCGGGGUGGCGUUUAUGGAGGAGAGGCUCCAGAUGGACCAUGGACUGAUAGCCCAGAAGAUUGUUUCAGUUCACUUAAAGGAUCCUGCUCUGAAGGAAGUCAGCGAGGCCUCCGCUGAGCAGGUCCAAGCCCUGCCACUGGGCCCAGACCCUUGCCUUGAGGCUGAACCUGUGCAGGGCGUCAUGGAGUGUGCUGGCCAAGGUGACCCAAAGGCUACUGGUGAAGGCUCCUCCCUACUGAGGAGAGGCUGUGCAUCUGCAGGUGAGCUGGCUGCAGAUGGUGACCCUGGGCAGAGUUCCGCUGAGCUCCAUCAGCUUCACUUGUCCAGUUGCCACGAGUGUUUGGAACUUGAGAACAGCACCAUUGAAUCAGUGAGGUUUGCGUCUGCAGAGAACAUUCCGGAUCUUCCCUAUGAUCACAGCUGUAGCGUGGAGGAUGCUGCAGAUGAACUCUGCCCUGAACAGGAAGGGAGGAGAGUCAACCUUUCGGGAAAGGCACCCAAUAUCCUGCUGUAUGUGGGCUCCAAUUCCGAGGAAGCCCUGGGCCGGCUCCAGCAGGUGCGGGCUACCCUGACCGACUGUGUGGACACUGACAGCUACACGCUCUACCAUCUGCUGGAAGAUAGUGCUCUCAGGGACCCGUGGCCAGACAACUGCCUGCUAUUGGUGGUUGCCACCAGGGAACCCAUCCCCAAAGACAUAUACCAGAAGUUCAUGGCCUAUCUUUCUCAAGGAGGGAAGGUGCUGGGCCUGUCUUCCUCCUUCACGUUUGGUGGCUUUCAGGUGGCCAGCAAGGACCUGCUACAGAGCACAGUCCAGAACUUGGUUUUCUCAAAGGCUGAUGGGAGUGAGGUACGGCUUAGCGUCCUGAGCAGCGGCUGUGUUUAUGAGGAAGGCCUCAGUCUGGGCAAGCUGCAGGGCCACCUAGAGAACCCAGACAAGGACAAGAUGAUUGUUCACGUGCCUUUUGGAAGCUGUGGAGGAGAGGCCGUUCUCUGCCAGGUGUACCUAGAACUCCCUCCGAGUGCUUCCAUGGUGCAAACUCAAGAGGACUUCAACCUGCUUAAGUCCAGCAACAUGAGGAGGCACGAAGUCCUUAAGGAGAUCCUGAUGACCCUUGGCCUAAGCUGUGAUGUUCGACAAGUUCCCGCCUUAACUCCGCUCUACUUGCUGCUGGCAGCAGAGGAAAUCCGGGAUCCGUUCAUGCAGUGGCUCGAGAGGCGUGUGGAUCCUGGAGGAAUCGUCAGGUCCAGCAAGCUCGCCCUGAGGUUCAUUUCCUCUCACACGUCUCAAGUGGAAGUCUCCCCGUCUUCUCUACCUGUGGUGACUGACCCCGAAGCCUUCUCAUCAGAGCACUUUGACCUAGAGACGUAUCGCCAGAAUCUGCAGACCACGUGGCUCGGAAAAGUAAUUCUGUUUGCAGAGGUGACCACCACAACCAUGAGUCUCCUGGAUGGGUUGAUGUUUGAGAUGCCACAGGAAAUGGGUUUAAUCGCCAUUGCUGUUCGGCAGACCCAGGGCAAAGGAAGGGGUCCAAACGCCUGGCUGAGCCCUGUGGGGUGUGCCCUUUUCACCCUGCUGGUCUCCGUUCCCCUGAGAUCACAACUGGGCCAGAGGAUUCCAUUUGUCCAGCAUUUGAUGUCCCUGGCUGUCGUGGAGGCCGUGCGGUCCAUGCCAGAGUAUGAGGAGAUCAACUUGCGAGUCAAGUGGCCCAACGAUAUUUAUUACAGUGAUCUCAUGAAAAUUGGUGGAGUUCUGGUUAACUCAACACUUAUGGGAGAAACGUUCUAUAUCCUUAUCGGCUGUGGAUUUAACGUGACGAACAGUAACCCGACCAUCUGCAUCAACGACCUCAUCGCAGAGCACAACAAACAGCACGGGGCGGGCCUGAAGCCCUUGAGAGCCGAUCACCUCAUAGCCAGGGCGGUCACUGUGCUGGAGAGACUGAUUGACGCGUUCCAGGCCCAGGGGCCCAAUGGUGUCCUUCCUCUCUAUUAUAAAUACUGGGUGCACAGUGGUCAGCAAGUCCACCUGGGCAGCACCGAGGGACCACAGGUGUCGAUCGUGGGGCUUGAUGAUUCCGGGUUCCUGCAGGUCCACCAGAAGGGUGGUGAGGUUGUGACGGUGCAUCCAGAUGGCAACUCCUUUGACAUGCUGAGAAACCUCAUCGUGCCCAAGCGACAGUAGAGCAUGUCCCCAGACAGCUUGGACCUGCCCUGUGCAGCAGCAGCAGCAGCAGCAGCAGCAGCAGCAGCAGCAGCAGCAGCAGCAGCGAACCCGACAGGGAAGCCGCUCUGGGAGCUCCUGGGAGCUCCCAGCAAGCACUCUGCUGACAUGGCUGUCGUCUUUGCCUGCCCAGGGCCUGAGAGACUGACAUAGAAUUGUAGGCCAGUGUCUUCUCCCCGUCAUUCGUUAGCUCUUCCACUUAUUGUUCCCUGCCCCCGCUCCCACCCCGUUCCACCCCACCCCCGAGUUUAGGUUUGGGUUUUGUCUUUUUAUAUCUGGGAUUGUGUUGGGUGUUUGAAGAUGAAGGUAAGGGUUGACAGGUUUAGCUUAGUCGAGUUUGCCUCUCACGGUGUCAAAUGCUCUUUCCCACAGGGCUUGGGCGUAUGUUUCCUAGGAGAAAAUGAGGGGCAGGGGGUUGGAAAUGAGAUGGUGCAGGUGUUUCCCAAGCAGUGAAGGCUUUUCUAUUCAGACAGUGAAUGCCCUGCACUUGGGCAGAUGCUGCGCUGGAGUUAGUCCUCUUGUGAGCCUCCAGAGGGUUUGCCUGGAACACACCGUGGUGCUUAGGCCUUGAGUAGUUUUCUGCUUUGUUUCUGGGGUUGCUGUUGCUUUUCUUCAUCAGGGUGUGUGAGGUCGCUCCGCUCUGACACGGGGCUGAAGAGUAGCUGCCAGCCCGCAUGGUCACAGUGGCCUUGGAGAGGAAGUCAGUUCCUUGCUUUGCCCUUACGCAGUGAGCACUCCUUCCCAGGGUCAGAGGCAACAAGGUGGCACCUUCCUUGAAGGUUGCUGCUUAACCUGGAUUGGAGAUAUCAGCUCACUCUCCUGCCCACACAAGGGAUGAUUCUUGGAGAUUUUAAGCCUAUUGUGGGCCCUGUUAGCAUGUGGAGCAUUCCCACGCGGCUGCCCUCAUGCCAGAUGGAGUGUGUGGCACUGUAUCGUAAGUCUAGAUUUACUGCCCCCUAUUUCCUUAUACUGUCAUCAAAAGAGAUACUGACAUAAAAGUUUGGAGGUGUGUGUGUGUGUGUGCCCCUAUUUCCUUAUACUGUCAUCAAAGAAAAAGAUACUGACACAAAAGUUUGGAGGUACGUGUGUGUGUGCAAGCGUGCAUGUGAGCCCAAGCACUCACGUAUGACUUUAAAAGAAGAUGUUCAAACUCUGAUGCGCUAAAAGUGUCCGUGGAAGAACAAAGGAGAGGAAGCCUUUCUAGGUUUGUUUCCAGAUGUGUGCGCACUUUCUAUGUCCCUCCCAUCUCCGUGGAGUUCGUGAAUCAUACCCGUUACUGCCCAGCCUUAAAGCACCAACUCUGUCUGCUGAGCAUCCCCGCUUCCUGCGCAGUUAAUGGAAAGGAAACGGAACAGAAUGCGCAGCUUUGAACAAGAUUCCCUCGUCACAAAUGAGUACCAUCUUUAUCCAGGUCUUAUGUAGUCAAGCCACGCUCCAGAAACCUGAGGUGUUCAGUAGAGAAAUCCAUCUCCCGCAGGCUAGCGCAGAACCCCCCUGGAAGCAAGAAAUAACCUGGUCAACCCCACCAACCUGAUCUGUGUUUGAGGGUGUGCAGCUUUUAAAGAAUUCAAAAGGUCACUUUUUUGCAUAUGUAUUUAUAUUUAGGUCUUUUUUUAAUACAUGUGAGUUUAAAUAAAACUCUACACCACCCCAAAAUUACAAAAUGUACUGAGCCUUGAGAGGGCGUCUGUAAAAUGUCACCGCGGGGAAGAUCUUCAGGCUGAUGUUGUAAGCUUCAGUUCUCAGACUUUGUAAUAUAAGGCCGUUGUCUCUCAGGACUGCCAUCAUUAAGUUUUAAAUUUCUUUGGGGGAUUAUUUAAUGAAAAACAUACUAUGUUUUAUUUUAAGCUGAAAGCCUAUUCUGGGUAUUUCUACUUUGGGGGAAAAAUGUUAUCAUUUAAUUUCCUUUCUGUAAGUUAAAACUAAUGAAGUGUGGUCCUGUCAGGGCAGACGGAGAUGUCCUGGCCAUGGCGCUUGGCCUUUCUGAGGAGCUACACUGUUACACUGUUUAGGGGUAUUCUCGAUUAUGCAGAGGUGACGCCCACUUGUCCUGAGAGCGGCAAAGUAGCCUUGAAGCAGAUGCUUCUCGCUUACCUGGCUUUGCCUCACAUGAACCAAAGACUUCCAAGUCCACGUCGUAGAGAGCAUUCUACUGAUAGAGGUGGGGAGGCUGCCCCUGUCCCUGCUACGUGCAUGGAUGGGUAUUUAUUUACAGACUCGGCAGUCUGAGAUCUCAAGGAACUUCACAGGGUCUUAAGGGAAACUUUGCUAUGUCCUAACCUUGAGAUGUGGCCUCCUAACUCAGAAACUACACGUGCUUUAGAGCAGGUGACUCCUGACGGGAAGCUGCUAACAUAUCUACCCUGUGUUGGAAGGCACAUGCAGCAAAACUGGGUCUCACAUGACCCAGCUAAAGCAAUGAGGGAGCCCUGACAGCGAGGGCCAUAAGUGGCAGACUCCUGUCCUGUGGAUCUCACUGUGCGCCAUGGCAGGACCCAACGUGGAAGAGAUGUCCUGUCUGCAGCUUGGUCAGAUACACAGCCAGUGAGGGGCCACAAACUCUGGGGGUUCCCCUACACCUAGCACACCGUGUGGUAACCCCCUGGCCUGUCUCAUCCGGAGGGGAAUCUUAGGGGAUUUGCUUUUCUGACCUGCCAGAAAUGGGACCUCCUCAUUCCUGGUUCUUCACUAUGCAUCUUUGAAAUAAACAAAAAUGAAAACCUUUGCUGUUUUUUAUUUUUUAGCUUUUCAAAGAAUCUUCUCUGAAAAGAAUUACUGUAAACCAAUGCCUAUAAAGCCAGCCCUACCAAAAUAAACUUUUCACCUUUUCACCG